GGAAGCUUCAGAGCUGCGGCCGGCCGGUCUGUCCUGCGCCAGUCCCGCGUCCAGGGACGCGCAGGACGCCGGCUCUGGGCAGCUGAACCCGACGAGGAGGGGAUGCGACUGCCACCCGCGGCAUGGCAGCCUCAGGGAUGCCAGGAGGGUGUGACAUCCUCAUCGUCUACAGUCCAGAUGCCGGGGAGUGGUGCCAGUACCUCCAGGAGCUCUUCCUGUCCAGCCGGCAGAUCCGGCGGCAGAAGAUGCUAACACACAGACUUGCCCCUGAAACAUGCUUCUCGGCAGAGGAUCUGAGUCUCUUCCUGGGUGCCCGCUGCAUCGUGGUGCUGUUAUCUGCUGAACUGGUAAUGCAGCUGCGGCGGCCGGCACUGCAACCACCUCUGCAGAGGGCUUUCCAGCCUGCACAUCGCGUGGUGAGGCUGCUCUGUGGGGUGCAAGACAGUCCAGAGUUUCUGAACUACUUUCCAGACUGGGCCCUCUGGCAGGAGCUCACCUGUGAUGACGAGCCUGAGACCUACGUGGCAGCUGUGACGAAGGCCCUUUCUGAAGAUUCUGGCUGCGAUUCAGUCACUGACACGGAGCCUGAGGACGAGAAGGCCCUUCGUGACCCGGAGCAGCAGGGCCUGCCGCUGGAGCCUCCACCUGGGAACCUGAUGGUGGUUCAGCCAGAGCGCAUUCGCUGUGGGACAGAAACCACUGUAUACGUGAUCGUGAGAUGCAGGUUGGAUGAGAAGGUCAUGACAGAAGCAGAAUUUUGCCCCGAGGAGUCCCCGGCCGUCAGGGUGGAAGCCAAGCUGGAGAACGAGUACACCGUGUCUGUGAAGGCUCCCAACUUUUCAUCCGGAAAUGUUUCUCUGAAGAUAUUCUCGGGUGACCUAGUGGUGUGUGAAACUGUUAUUAGCUACUAUACUGACAUGGAAGAGAUCGGGAACUUAUUGACCAAUGCUGCCAACCCUGUGGAGUUCAUGUGUCAGGCCUUUAAAAUUGUGCCCUACAACACUGAGACCCUGGACAAACUGCUGACAGAGUCCCUGAAGAACAACAUCCCAGCCAGUGGCCUGCACCUCUUUGGGAUCAGCCAGCUGGAAGAAGAGGAUAUGAUGACAAACCAGAGGGAGGAAGAGCUGCCCACCUUGCUGCAUUUUGCUGCCAAAUAUGGACUGAAGAACCUCACAGCCUUGCUACUCACCUGCCCAGGAGCCCUGCAGGCAUACAGCGUGGCCAACAAGCACGGCCACUACCCCAAUACCAUCGCUGAGAAACAUGGUUUCAGGGACCUGCGGCAGUUCAUCGACGAGUAUGUGGAAACUGUGGACAUGCUGAAAACUCACAUCAAGGAAGAGCUGAUGCAGGGGGAGGAGGCGGAUGCCGUGUACGAGUCCAUGGCUCACCUGUCCACAGACCUGCUCAUGAAGUGUUCACUCAACCCUGGCUGUGAUGAGGACCUGUACGAGUCAAUGGCUGCCUUUGCCCCCGCCGCCACUGAGGACCUGUAUGUGGAAAUGCUUCAAGCUAGUACCUCUAACUCAAUCCCUGGAGAGCGUUUCUCUCAGACCACUAAGGACUCCAUGAUCCGCAAGUUCUUAGAAGGCAAUAGCAUGGGAAUGACCAGUUUGGACAGAGAACAGCAGCCUCUCGGGGAGGAGGAAGACGUUUAUCACACAGUGGAUAAUGAUGAGGCCUUCUCCGUGGACCUGGCCAGCAGGCCCCCUGUCCCUGUUCCCAGGCCAGAGACCAGUGCCCCUGGUGCUCAUCCACUGCCUGACAACGAACCAUACAUUUCUAAAGUUUUUGCAGAAAAACGUCAAGAGCGGCUUGGGAAUUUCUAUGUUUCCUCUGAGAGCAUCCGAAAAGAGCCACCUGUCAGACCGUGGAGGGACAGGCCACAGUCCAGCAUAUAUGACCCAUUUGCUGGCAUGAAAACUCCAGGCCAGCGGCAGCUUAUCACUCUGCAGGAGCAAGUGAAGCUGGGUAUUGUGAAUGUGGAUGAAGCUGUGCUCCACUUCAAAGAGUGGCAGCUCAACCAGAAGAAACGAUCUGAGUCCUUUCGUUUCCAACAGGAAAAUCUUAAACGGCUAAGAGAUAGCAUCACCCGAAGACAAAGAGAGAAGCAAAAAUCGGGAAAGCAAACAGACCUGGAGAUCACGGUCCCCAUUCGACACCCACAGCACCAGCCAGGGAAAGUGGAGUUUGGAGUCUAUGAGAGUGGCCCCAGGAAAAGUGUCUUCCCACCUCGGAUGGAGCUAAGACGAGGAGACUGGAAAACAGACAGCACCUCCAGUACAGCAAGCAGUGCGAGUAACCGGUCCAGCACACGGAGUCUCCUCAGUGUGAGCAGUGGAAUGGAAGGAGACAAUGAGGAUAAUGAGGUUCCGGAGGUUACACGAAGUCGGAGUCCUGGCCCCCAAAUGGAUGGAACACCCUCUGUGCCAACGGAGCGGCCCCCAAGGGUGCCUCCCCGAGCUGCCUCCCAGAGACCUCCAGCCAGGGAAACCUUCCAUCCUCCCCCACCUGUUCCACCCAGAGGUCGCUGAUUCCAUCUGCUAAAACCUGCUCACUUCAGGACCUUCAGAUUCCCAACCUGUUGAUGAUUGUCUUCACAUUGCAUCUUAUGGCAAUGAUCCUGAUCUUACUACCCAUUAUCAUUGCGCAUGUUUGCAGCCCUGCUGGUUUGGGCUGUGCUCGAAGAAGCAUGGAGAAGUGAAAAACUAAGGACUUCAUUCACCAUUGUCAAGUAUAUUUGACCCAGAUAGUUGUUAACCACAAAGAUAAAAAUCUAAUUGGGAUACCUCUAAUUUGGCAUAUCAAGCCUAAAGUGAAAUCAGAAAUGUCCUUUACAAAUGAUUUUACUGAAAUGCACUUAUAUUAGUUUUUCUGUAUUUGCUAUUCUACCCUAAUUUCUAGAAAUGUGUAUGGUAAGACCCAUAGUUUCAAAUAAGAAAAAUCUAAGUUUUAAAUAAUUCUUCAGCUUUUUCUAUAUAUUCAGGAGGAUGUUUAUGUGCUAGCACUGGUUAUAUACAACAAACUGGAAAAAAAUGAGGGAUUGAUUCCAAGUUGUCUGACAUAGAAGGCCACUGAGGUUCCACAGAAGUCUGGAUCCAAGAGUAACCCAUUGGUUAGAGGAAGAGGUGGGUCUAGAGUCUGUACCUGCAGAUUCUAAAUCAUCACACUUCCUCUCUUACAGAGUCCCCAGAUAUGUAAAUUCACCAGUGAUUGUUGGCCUUUCAGAAACUUCCUUUAUCCAUAUCUCCCAAGCAUAGUUCUGCUUUUAGACUGGGCAUUUACACUUUAAUAUGCUUUCAAAAAACAGUUAUAUUGCCAAGAAAUAUCUAAAAAUGGUUGGGAACCAGAAUUUGGGCUGCCAGGAACCCCAAUUAUUGCUCUAGCCUUUAAAGGUCAUAGUUCUGGCCUUCGAGAGAGAGGAGCAUCCUUACCUUUUGCUUUUCUAGAGGGUCUGAAGGAAGAACUUAAAAUAGAAAGUUACUUACUUCGUUAUGCACACGCAUCUUUGCCACCAUGUUCAGUCAGUCUGUGCAGAGAACAUGAAGUCUUAAAUAUGCCAUUCAUUCUAAACCCCAGUUGCAGAAACCUGUCCUCGGAGCAUGAGUCCUUGAUGAUGCCCAGGUAGUGAAGUUAGUAUCAGAGCCUUUUAAAAUUUUUAGAAAGCUGCUGUUUCCCAUGAAAUUAUUCUCCAUUCCACACAGAUUAUUGAUGACCCAUCUAAGGGCAUUUUUAUUGGGUCCUUGUCCAGUAAUUGAAUGCUCUUUCUUAAUCUCAUUCCUCAGUUCAGAUCAAUGACUUUUACGAAGUUAACAACUUCUGAAAUCUUAAAUUUCGUUUUAUCUUAUUUGGUUUCGACAUAAAAGGCACACCUGUCAUGUCCUUCAUGAGGGCUGGUUCCUAGUAGCUAUGAUUCAGUUACGGCAGUGGUCCCUCUGCUCUGCUUGUCACUUAUUUCACAGCAAUUGGGAAAUGUAAGAUAAAUGGAGAACAAAAAAAAUUACAAUGUUGCUCCAAGUCAUUGCUCCUGCUGAUGUUUGGUUCUGAUUAAAUUUUUUACAUUCAAUAUUUCUAAACUCUCUUUUGGGUCCAAAUUUAGGUGGGGUUGUUUUUGUACAUUUUCUAAUGAGCAAGCAUUUAGAUCUUUAACAUGGCAGGAGCUACAAUCAGGUAACAAUGUUAGCAUACUUAUCUGAGUUUCACUGUGCAAUAUUUAAAUGUUUUACUGCAUUUUAUUGUUACAUGAAAAUAAGUGGAAAAAGCAAAAUUAAAAGUUUUUAAGAGAAGUCUGGGUUCCAUGAGUAUGACACACCUGAGACAGGAGUGGGAAUUACCAGGAAUGCUAAGUAGCAAGUGUUGAGUGCUCAGUAGAUGGGCAUUGGACAUCCAA